ACGACAAUGCAUCAUACGGCAAAACAUGGCGCUGCGCAGAGCUUAGUGAAGGAAUGAGACAACUGACAGGCGUUAAAGGCAAGACAGUUCGCUUUCUUUCUCUGCUUUGAGGUCCAUACAGCAGCUCUCCGCUUAGCUAAGACUCGAUUAACAGUUAGAGAGUAACAGCACAGUGUGAAGUGAAGCGAAAUGGCGGCGCAGGGAGGCAUCGUGUUCCAGCAGAAGGUCAGCAAGCUGCUAAGCAGACACGAAGGGAAGAAACCAGUCCUGAAACCCAACAGAGCUCUGUCUCUGAAAGAUGCUGUAGCUAAUCGCAAACCCAACAAAGGAGAGGCCACCUGUAUCACAGAGAUGUCCGUCCUGAUGGCCUGUUGGAAGCAAAACAACUUUGUGGACAGUCUGUGCUAUAAUGAGAUGAACACCUUCUUCACCUGUGUCAAGACAGCUCGGGCUGCUAUGAAGAAUAAAUCUGACCAGACCAGCCUUCAGGGUGGACGAUUGCACCCAAAACAAGCCACAACCCUGCUGAAGAGAUUUCCCAACCUGCGCACUGAGAUCUAGGAAUAAAACCUCAUAAUGCAUAACCUAGACAGACUUGAAAUGUGUAGGUUAAACAGAGACAUUGGGCUGAGUUCUGAACUGGAUUUAAUCAUGUGAAGGUGUUGUCUAGAAUUGCCAGCUAUUGUAUGAUUCAACAAUGGGAUACCAUACACAUGUUUUACAUAAAUAAAGGACGGAGCCAGAGAUGGGACCAAAUCAUUGUUUUGCAAGUCACAAGUAAAUCUCAUAAUGUGCUGUUCAUCAAAUCUAAUAUAAUUUUAACAUCAGAUUAAUAAGCCAUUAAAUUUACAAAAAAUCAUUAAUUCUUUUAAAUUUUGUAUUAAUUUGUUAAAACAAGUUUGUUGGAAGGUUUAGGGUCUCUGUCUAUAAUUGUCGAUACACACGUUUUACAUACUGCAGUUUGUUAGUAUCAUUUUUUCAAACUGGCACUCAGUACCAUAACAUUAGUUCUUCAUUAUGAUUGGAUUCUGUCAGAUUGGUUCAAACAAAGUGAAUCUGGAGAAUAAAGUAUCAACCUACUGAGAAGGAAUAAUGUUAAUGCUAGAUGAUUCAGGAAUUAAACUGUUUGAAAAACAUACUUUCUGAUCUUUGGGCUUGGGGGAAGGUAUUAAGUUCUUUCAAAUCAAAAGGCUCGAGUCCAAGUGAAGUCAUGAGUCACUGGUGAUGAAGUCCAACUCAAGUUGCAAGUCUUUUUUGAUUUUGUCAAGUCGAGUCUAAAGUCAUCAAAUUCGUGACUGGAGUCUGACUUAAGUCCAAGUCAUAUGACUCGCAUCAGAGUCAUGUGACUCAAGUCCAUGCCUCUGGAAGGAGCAGAGCACUGAAAAGGGUGAUUUCCAACACAAACACACUGCAUGACUCCUUCAACGUGUAAGAUUAUCCAAUCAUUUCACAUUGCUGACCAAUGUUCUGUAUUUGCUCAGUCUGUAUUCACAACACACUGCAUUUUAUGUUUUAAAUUAUAAUAAGAUUUUCUCCUCAUGUCCACAGUUGGCUCUGAUGAACACGAUGCCAUUAUGUCUCAAUCUAAUUUAGCAGAGUGGUCUCAUUGAGUGCUGUGAUGUUAUUAUUGGAUGUGAUAGAAUUAUUAUUCUUGGGUUUCAUGGCUACUGGCUGGGAGCUUAACAAUAUCACUGUACUCUUAAAUGCCUUGUCAUUCCUGUGGAAGCUGAGAUUGGUGGUUAACAGAUACUGAAAUCAGCCUAUCAAACAGAUUACCAGUAAGCAAAGCUCAGUGUGGUUGAUAUAUUUAUUCCUGAAUGAAUUAAAAACAGUUUUUUUCCAAUCAGUUCUUUUUGCUGUCUUGAACCAUGCCCAGUUCUGUAAUGUGUUCAUAGUAUAAAGUGAAUGAAAUAGAGGAGCUGCUAGUGGCUGGAAAACAAACUAAUCAGUUAGAAUGGUGAGCUCCUGAAACAAAAGUACUAAAUCCAUGGAAACACAUUUAGUGUUCUCGUUGUGAAGUCUGGUUGACAGUGACAUUGAAAAGUGACAGUUUGAUUGAUGUACCUGUUCUUGCAUGUCCUGUAUCAUUUCACAUUGUACAAACAAAAAGCACAUUGAUUGUAGAGUGUUCCAGGGAUGAGGGUUUUUAUAGGCUGAUGUGGAAGUUGGCAUCGCCCUGGCUCACUCAUCAAAAAGCCUAUAGGAUUUUUUGGUUUAUUGCAGAAAACAAGCUCUGUGGCACGAAGUUUAUUAUACUGAGAUGUUUUGUUCAGCAAGAUAAUCUUCACAGAUCAACACCAGUUUUAUAAUUUUUGAAAACGUAAAUGCAUUCAGCAUAAGUAAAAAACUAAUGUUAGACAUUAAAGAACUUCGUCGUUCUACCACAACGAGGCUGUAAAGCCGUGUUUGGAGUGUGGAUGAUCUGUAGUUUCAUUUAGCCAUUUGUUAGCAACUGUCUUUUUUUAGGAGCCCUAAAAGCUUCAAAAUUCACAGUGGGGUAUUUACUGACAUAUUUUAUGUUGUAGAACAAAAUGUGAAAGUCUCCUUAGUUUGUGUUAACCACAGACCUUAUUUCAGACAUCUAACCAAAAAGUCAUUCAAAAUCCCAUUGACUUUAAGACAAGAGAACCGGUGCUAAAAUGCCAACUCAUUUCUGGGUUGUUGGAUUAUUUCCUGGAGCACUCUAUUUGUACCCUUACAGUGAAGAAUUAAUACAGUUUACCACAACGUGAAUGCAGCAGGUAUGUGGUAUGGAAUUGGGAAACAACCUGUUCUGUCUUUCGUUCAGCAUCUGACUUGAUGUGUCCUCAACAUGCUCUAAAUUGGUGCUCCAACCUCACAUACUAUAGUAGCCGUUUCAACAUUUCAAAGUUCCUAGGCCACUCAGUCUGCAAGGUGUCUCAGUUUUGACUUUUGACUUCUGUGAAGAUCCACACUACUCACACGAAGCAGGGAAAAAGUUGAGCGAGGUUUAUUGAGAAUAUAGAAAAGAAAACAAAACGGCUGGCCAAGUCCUUACAAAAUUAAAUCUUGUACUGUCCA